UGUUUAUUUCGGUAUUAUAUUUGUUGCUUAUAUAGUUUACCAUAUAUCAAUAGAGGCUCGCUCGAUUGAAAAAUAUAUUGAAUACGUUAUACUUUCGUACCGAACCUACGCAUAACCGGAGAAAAUCACAAGAGGAGUUGAGAACAAGUCGAAAAUAUCGUAAACUCAGGAGCAAAAUGCCAAACUGGUAUUACGAGAAGAAAGACCUUCGGAACACCCCUUCAAUAAAAGAUGGGAUUGACUUUGAAACGGAGCGCCGCUAUCGAAAAGAAGGUGCACGGUUCAUAAUGCAAACUGGAACUUCGAUGGGAUUAGGGCAUAACACCGUUGCCACCGGUGUUGUUUAUUUUCAUCGUUUCUAUAUGUUCCACUCCUUCAAAACGUUUCCUAGAUAUGUAACGGCUUGCUGUUGCUUGUUUCUCGCUGGUAAGGUAGAAGAAACUCCAAAGAAGUGCAAAGAUAUAAUCAAAACCGCUCGAUCGUUAUUGACGGAUCAAAAAAUUUUGUCGUUUGGUGAUGAUCCUAAGGAAGAAGUUAUGACACUGGAGCGAAUCCUUUUACAAACAAUCAAGUUUGACCUACAAGUUGAACAUCCGUACUCGUUUUUGGUCAAAUAUGCAAAGUGCCUUAAAGGAGACAGCACCAAACUUCAAAAAAUGGUCCAGAUGGCUUGGAAUUUUGUGAACGAUUCACUGAGUACAACUGUAUCACUCCAAUGGGAGCCAGAGAUUAUUGCUGUUGCAUUGAUUUAUCUUGCCAGUAAGUUGAGUAAGUUUACUGUCGUCGAUUGGAUAGGCAAACAACCGGAGCAUUUGAAAUGGUGGGACAUGUUCGCCCAGGAUGUAACAAUGGAAAUAUUGGAGGAUAUUUGCCAUCAGGUUUUAGAUUUAUAUCAACAACCGAAUAACGAAACCCCGCCGGAUAGUCCACCGCAAUUACCUCCGAGCAAAUCGUCUCCUCCGAUGAAGCGAGCUAAUAUUUCACCUGUAAUAACGAAAAAUUCUCCAACUGUCAACAAUGCACCUGCAAAGACAGCUGUAUCUGUUCCAACCACUGUUGAAGUAGAGGCAAACCCUAUACCGAAGCACAUUACUACGGAUACAUCGCACAGUAACUAUGGAAAUUACCCAAUCUACCCAAUGCAUCAAGGUCACCCGGUUCCACCUCAUGCAGGUGGAAACUCUUACAAUGCUGCAGCGCCUCCUGGUGGCCCGAUUCAACCAACGCAGCCGUGGCAACAUUAUUCACACCCUCAUACCAACAAUUACUAUCCUACAGCCCCACCUGCCCCGCGAAACAACUAUUAUGCACCUCAGUGACACGUGAUUCCCAUAUCAUGAAUUGUAGAUUAUGAGAAUAGUUUGUAAAUGAAGCAAGUACUAAAUAUAUCAUA